AUGGCAAGAGGUAAUACUGAGGUAUCAUCUACUCUUUGUAAUGAUAUUGAUGAGAGUAAUGAUGAAUGUGAUAGGGAUAUGAGUCAAGAAAUAUAUGAAAUUGGUAAUUCUCUUCGUGGGGAACAACUUCCUGUGCCCCCACUCCGCCGUCGUCCUCGCCCACGGCGACCGCACCACCCCGCCGUUGACCUCACCCCCGACCGACGCCUUCCUCCACAUCCUUCUGACCCCAAGGUUGAGGUCGUUCCCGUCUAUCUCCCCUGUGUGUGCGCGUACAUCGUCAGCAAGCGUGAGGAUGGGUUGCCGCAGUUGCUUCUUCGCCUUCUCUCAUCUCACGUCCCCAUCACCGGACGCCUCGCCACGUCUCUCACCUUGCCCCUCUCCAUGAUGCAUCGCGGAGCUAUUUCUGGAGGCCGUCGCCACCGCAUUAGUUGCCAGAUGGUCUUCCCCUGCUCCGCUGUGCUUCAGGAUAUGCAGUAGUUAUGUAACAGGCUGACUGCUUUCUCUUAAGAGAGAGAAAAAAAAUGCUAUCAUUGGCUGCGUC